CGGUGAUUUCGUCGCGUUGCGAACAAUUUUGGAAUUUUUCAUUGUAAUUUGCUAAAAAUAGAAAGGGAACAACUGGAAAUGUCGGGAAUGUCGGAUAAAUUUAAGAACUUUGUGGCAGAGUCCAUGGGCGACAAGGAUGCCGCAGAGUUGCCUGGAAUUGGAUCGAUGCUGGCCGAACGCUUGCACGAAUGUGGAUUCGAAAAGGCAUACCACCUGCUCGGCCAAUUCUUGGUGUUUGGAAAAGAUGAAAAACUGUUCGUUAUGUGGUUAACGGAAUCUUUCCAGGCCAGCUUUGAGCAAGCUUUAGACUGCUACGAUUGCCUCUACCGAUGGUGCGAUUUGUUCUUGUAAGCGACUUCUCAGUCGGCUUA